GAAGUUAUCAUAAAAGAAAUGAAGUGAUGCGAAGGUGAAGGGAAAAUAAUGCCCCGCAGUUUGCGACUUGGAGCAGAAACACAGGCACCACUUUCUUGCGAAAAGUUAUUUUGCCCCGCGUUGAGAGGGACCGUGAACCCUCAAAUAAUAAUUUCCAAUCAUGGCUGGCAUUCAUACCAUCCUUUAUAGUGAUGCUACAGGACAAGGAGGAAUGGACAAAAACAUUGGAGAGCAACUCAAUAGAGCAUACGAAGCCUUCCGACAAGCGUGUAUGGACAGAGAUUCAGCAGUAAGAGAACUACAGCAAAAGACCGAGACCUAUGAACAAAGAAUACGUGAGCAACAAGAACAGCUGUCAUCUCAACAAACUCUUAUUAACAACCUAAAAUCACAGCUACUUAAGGAUUCUUGUCGAGAUAACAGUUAUGGCUAUUUGCUUGAAGACAGUGAAAGAAGGAAGAAUAAUUUGACUCUUGAUGAACCACAUGAUAAAGUGAAGCUAGGAACACUGAGAAAUAAGCAGUCAAAGGUGAGAAGACAAGAAGUAUCUUCUGGAAAAGAACCCUCAAAAGACCUCAGCCUCCCUGUACAUCACGAAAGGGAUAAUAUAGAGAAGACUUUCUGGGACCUUAAGGAAGAAUUUCAUAGGAUAUGCUUACUAGCAAAGGCACAGAAAGACCACUUAAGCAAACUUAAUAUACCAGAUAUUGCAACUGACACACAGUGCUCUGUGCCUGUACAGUGUACUGAUAAAACAGAAAAACAAGAAGCGCUGUUUAAGCCCCAGGCUAAAGAUGCUACAAACAGAGGUACGUCAUGUAUCGUGUCUGUUGUUACACCAAGAGGACUGGGCCGAGAUGAGGAAGACACCUCUUUGGAAUCACUUUCUAAGUUCAAUGUCAAGUUUCCACCUAUGGACAAUGACUCUACUUUCUUACAUAGCACUCCAGAGACACCGAACAUCCAUACUCCUGCCACAUCUGAGGCAGUGUGCCAGGGCAAAUUUAAUAUGGAAGUCAGAGACAACCCAGGAAACUUUGGUAAAACAGAAGAAACUUUAUUUGAAAUUCGGGGAAUUGACCCCAUAACUUCAACUAUACAAAACCUUAAAAUAACUGACAAAACAAAACCCUCAAAUCUUAGAGCUCCGUGUUUGCCAGCUGGAGACCAUAAUAUGUUCUAUGUAAAUACAUUCCCACUUCAGGACCCGCCUGACGCACCUCUUCCCUCACUGGAUUCCCCAGGAAAAGCUGUCCGAGGACCACAGCAGCCCAUUUGGAAGCCCUUUCUUAACCAAGACAGUGACUUAGUGGUACUAACUGGUGCAGACUCGGAAUGCCUUAAAGCUCAAGUGUGCGAAUUCUGUCAAAAGCUUUUCCCACCGUCCAUUACAUCCAGGGAGGAUUUCCUCCGGCAUCUUAAUUCACACUUUAAUGGGGAGACUUGAGUCACAUCUGAAAACAGAUAUAUCAUGUUCUCUGGGAUGAUUCUGGAUUUGUAAUGCUAGAGAAUGCUUGCUCGUUUAUAUAAGAAAUUCAGGGUCACAGCUAUUUGAAUUUUUUUCUAAACCUGUUACUUUAGCUUUUGAGAUCAUUUUGUGUAAAAUUAAUUCAUUUUAUUCAUGUUUAUACUAUUGUUACAAUAAUUCAAAAUUAUGCAUGUGACUUAGUUACAUAAUCAUAAUUUAUGUCUCAAAUACCUAUUAUUGUUUGACUCAUGAGAUCUAUUAAAUUUGGUAGUGCCAAAUGUU